UCAAGAUUUUUAUCAAGUUUAAAUCUUUUCGGCAUUCUGUGCAUAACUUGAUAAAACUAAAAAGCUUUUACACCCUGUGCUUUUCCCCACACUAUGGUGAAAAUCGUAAUGUAAACAGAGCUCAGCUGUUUAGUGCAAGAAACUGCCGAAUGGAGUCCUCAAAAACAAAAACAAAACACGAUCGUGCUACGCAGGAGCAGUUGCAGCGUUUUGUCUCAUUUGUCCGGGCUAAUCCUGAUAUGGGGAAAGGAAAGAAUAACCCGAAGUCGCCACAGAAAAUGCAGUGCUUAUGGAAUCAGUUGGCGGACGAGUUGAAUGCAUUGAGGGGACCAACACGCACCGCAGUAAAGUGGAAAGAGACCCUCGGAGUUUGGAAGAGCCAAUUGCGUACGCGAGCACGCAGAUUAAAAAUGAGUCAAAGGAUUACUGGUGGCGGUCCAGGUUGCAAACAGCUGAGCGAAUUUGAAGAGCGUGCUUUGACCACUUUUGGUUCGCCUGCAGUUGGUGGCGUAGGUGUUGAAAGUUUUGGGCUAAGGCCAUCAAUGNGCGGUUUGAAGAGCGUGCUUUGGCCACUUUUGGUUCGGCUGCAGUUGGUGGCGUAG